UGUUGUAUACAAAUACAGCCUGCUUCGUGUUGGGUUGGGUUUCUGGUUUACAUUGCCAUUUCCUGUGAUGCCCUAAAGAAAGACAGAAAUAAUAACAACGGCAACUAAUGGAAGAAGAGGACACCACCACUGUAAUUCCACAAAGACAGCAAGAUUUCGGAAAGAUGCAAUACGGAUGUGAACAUUACCGGAGACGAUGCAAACUUCGAGCCCCAUGCUGUGAUCAGAUAUUUUCCUGCCGUCACUGUCACAACGAGGCCACCAGUGCUCUGAGCAACGUGAAGGAUCGUCAUGAACUCGUUAGACACGAAAUUAAGCAAGUUAUUUGUUCAGUUUGUGAUACCGAACAGCAGGUCGCCCAGAUUUGUUCAAAAUGCAACGUCAAGAUGGGAGAAUAUUUUUGUGUAAUUUGCAAAUUCUAUGAUGAUGAUACUGACAAGAAGCAUUUUCAUUGUGACGAAUGUGGCAUUUGUAGAGUAGGUGGGCGUGAGAACUUCUUUCACUGCCAGAAGUGUGGAUCCUGCUAUUCGGUGGGUCUACGUGGAAAUCACUCAUGCGUGGAGAACUCUAUGAAGAAUCAGUGCCCUAUUUGUUAUGAGUAUCUUUUUGACUCGGUCAAAGGCACAACAAUUAUGAAGUGUGGACACACAAUGCAUAUGGAAUGCAAUGUUGAGAUGAUGAAACAAAAUCAGUAUCGUUGUCCCAUCUGCUCCAAGACAGUGUUUGACAUGUCUAGAACAUGGGAAAGAUUAAAUGAGGAGAUUGAAGCCACUGCCAUGCCCCAAGAGUACCAGUAUGAGGUUCCGAUUCUUUGCAACGAUUGCAACAAUACCAGUAAAGCGUUGUUUCACAUUUUUGGGCACAAGUGUUGUCACUGCAAAUCAUACAACACCCGUGUGAUUGCAACAAGGGACCAUCAGCAACAACCUUAAUUCAGUUUUUUACAAUGCGCAUUAUAUUCUCCUUAAUUAGCUGUUGUACCUUUUUUGUCCCAGUAACAUUCAUUUUUUAGCUGAUUUUCUGCUGAAUUGUGUAACCUGAAUAGUUUAUUGUUGUUGCGACUUGCAUUACGAUAUGAAUGAUUUUAGAAAUCUUGCUUAGGA